GCGUACAUUGUUGGAUGUGCGUGUCCACUGUUCGCAAGUUGCCGAUCGACUUUUGUUAGUUUUUUCGUUUUUUUUUUGUUGAUUAUUUUUUUGUUGUUGAUGAUAUUAUUGUUGUUUAUGUGAACGAUAAUUAAUAAAUUGAAACAGUAAAAACAAUUGGAGUGCGAGGCGAACGAAUUACAAAUUCUUCGUGCUUUAUGCAAAUUGAAAUUAAUCAACUGAAAAGUUGCGAAUUCUUAACAAACCAAAGCAAACAGGAGAAAAACAAUAAAACCACAAAUAAAAUUGGCAUAAAUAAAUAUUAAAUGAAGUUUUAAUUUAAAUUUGUGUUUUGACAAUCAAUAAGUUACGAGUCAGCAGCGAUCGUCAAAGGUUCCAUUAAAAGAAUUGAAACAAAAGUAAACGUCUUGUGGACACGCAACAUCAGUUUGGUGUGUUUGAAGAGGAGACAACGACAUGUGCAGCAAGUGCAACAGCCGCGGCGACCAGAAACAAUAACUUUAAAGGAAAUAACGAGUAAAAGCUUUAAUAGAGAGACAAGCAGUGGGAGUAAGAGCGAAAAAGAGAGAGGGAGAGAGAGAGUGAGAGAUCUAGUAACGAUUCUCUCUUAUCUAAACGAACGAGACAAUGCACGACUCGCCGGUGUUGGACCAACGCUAAGUGAAGAGCGUGUGAAAUCCAUGCACGGCAAUUGGUUAUAAAUUGAAACCUUUUUCCCCCACAUCCUCAGACAGUGUUGAGUAACGCGUAACAGGGAAACGAAUAGAAGAACGAAUAGAACGAGUUGACAAGCGAGUGACUCAAUUAAACUAUCAACCAAACCUAGGGCGCCAUGGCAAUGCUCGAGGCGCGGCCUUUCAGGCCAUUCAAGUCCAGUGAAGAGUAUCUGGAGGCGAUGAAAGAGGAUCUCGCUGAAUGGCUGAGCACUCUCUACCCGGAGCUUGACAUCAAGGCAGAGAACUUUAUGGAUCGUCUGGAUACGGGCGUGGCGCUUUGCAAGCACGCAAAUUAUGUGCGACAAGCAGCCGAGGACUAUUUGGCACGACGACAGGCGCGCAACAAAUCAAUGACACGCUCCAUGACUUCCGGCUUGGCCGGACCGAUCCUUGCCCUGGGCAACGUGUAUUAUCUGCCCGCAGCCAAGAGCGGCACAUUCUUUGCCCGCGACAAUGUCUCCAACUUUAUAACCUGGUGCAGAAAAAGCCUUAAAAUCAUCGAGUGCCUAUUGUUCGAAACGGACGAUCUGAUCAUGCGCAAGAACGAGAAGCAUGUGAUUCUCUGUCUGCUGGAGGUGGCCAGACGUGGCGCCAAGUUUGGCAUGCUAGCGCCGAUGCUGGUGCAAAUGGAGCGGCAAAUCGAUCGGGAAAUCGCGGCCGAUAACAAAGCCAACGGCGUCGGCUGUGGCACACAGACAAACAACGGCUGCUCAGAGAGCGGCACUCAAACGGAGGCGCCACCCAUCGGCGACGAGUGUGUGGCCAACGAAGCGGAUCUGUAUGACAGCGACACAGAGAACGAGGAUGAGAACGAUAAGGACCCGAUGCUGAUGUACGGGCCCCAGCCACAGAUCAUAACCAACGAUCUGAAGAGCCUCGACGAGAUGGUCAGAGAUUUGGUGGAGAAGUGCACAUGCCCCUCACAAUUUCCCAUGGUGCGCGUAUCCGAGGGCAAAUAUCGCAUCGGCGACACCAAAGUCCUCAUCUUUGUGCGGAUCUUGCGCUCGCAUGUGAUGGUGCGCGUGGGCGGAGGCUGGGACACGCUCGCCCAUUAUCUGGACAAGCACGAUCCCUGCCGCUGUCGUGCCCAGCAUCGCAGCUCGUUGCAGGCCCGUCUGAUGAUCCGCAAUACGAGCAAUUCCGGCAAUGGCAUUGAGCUGCACAAGGCGCAUGUGAUAUACGAACGCUCACCACCAGCAGCUCGACGCGUGUUAUCAAACUUUGCAAAUGGUUCCGGUUCCGGUUCCGGUUCGGGUGCCGUUUCACCAGCCGCUGGCGCCGGCGGCACCUCACCCAAUGCCAGUGCAACAUCCAAUGGCGCAGCCGCCGUGAAACAUCGCAGUCGCAGCCCGACGCCACAGCGCAAAUUCUUGAACCAGACAAAUGGAUUGGCCCAGGCCGUGGAACAGCUGCCGCCGGGCUCGCCCGGCCUGAUCAGACGCUCCAUGUCGCCCAGUCAGCGGCGAGUCAACGAUAUGCGCAAGAAGCAGAGCUCACAAGACGCCUACAGCAGCGGACCGAAGUCGCUGCCCGCCUGCUCGGGCGCAGAUGCCUCCUCGUCGGCGCACUACGUGGAGGAGUCCUCGUCAUCGUCGUCGUCGUCGUCGGCGGCCACAGCAGCAACAGUUGCUGCCAUUGCUCAGCCCGAGCAGAGCAACAAAUUCGAGAACAUCAGCGACAAUGGCAGCGAGAUUAGCGACGAGGGCUACCGCAGCCUGGGCGUCAUCCAGUCCAAUGCACAGAAGCGCGAGUCCCUGCACAGUCAGGCCUCCAUCGAGGACGCUGAAACGAAUGCGCGUCUCGAUCAAACGUCAAGCGACUCGCAAAGCUCGCCCACAGAUGAGCACGACCAGGAGCAGGAACAGGAGCAGGAGCAGGAGCCAGAGCCAGUGCCUGAGGUGGCACUCAAGUCAAAUUGUGCGCUGGAACAGGAACAGAUACAGGAGUCAGAGCCGGCGCCAGAGCCAGAGCCAGAGCCGGACUAUUCUCUCUGCGAACUGGAUGGACCCCAAUCGUUGCCCGCUGUGCUGCCAAGACAAGGCCCCAAGGCCGCCUACGUUAGCAAGUUCGAGCAGUCUGGCGUCUUUAUUACAGAUGAUGAGAUUACAGUAACUACAGCGGCAGAUGCGGAUGCAGAUGCGGAUGCGGAUGCGGAUGCGGAUGCAGCUGCAGGCACCAACUGCAAGGCGCUGCGGACACCUCCUCUCAGCAAGAUACCACGCUCGCCCAUGGCCACGCGUCGUCGUCGCAGCAGCAUUGAUAACAGCACCUGCGGCAGCAAAGCCGGCGGCAGUCUCCAGGAUUUGCACAGCAUCAAUCGGAAGCAGCCCGUUUAUCGUUCGGUGCGUCGGCCGCCGGCAACGCCCAAGCCGAAGACGUCGCAGCUGCCGCUGGUGCGCGAUGUGACCAAUACGUGGAGCGGACGCAGUGCACCCCAGAACGGUGUCAGCGCCGGCAAGAAGCGGCCCAUCAUCAAUGCGGAUACAUUUGCACCGCCCACAGCCACAGCCACAUCGACAUCCACAUCGCCAUCGCCCUCGCCAUUUGAGCGGGGCAGCAAGACACGAAACUCGCAGAUCCUCUACGACAACAACGGGCGACGCGUGCGCGGCGGCUGCUCGCUGACGACGUCGCCGGUGAAGAAUCAUGCCUCCUCGCCGCUGGCCCAGCAGCUGCUCGAGGCCGCGAGCAGUGCCAAGAACGAUGCACAGAUUCUGGAGAAGAUGAAGUCGCUGCUCUCGCGCUAUGCUGCCGGCAAUCAGCAGCAACAACAUCAGCAGCAGCAGCAGCAGCGGCCGGGCAAUGGCAAGAAGACGCCCGUCUACGAGGACUUCACAACGGCCUGGGUGCACAGCAAUGGCAAUUUGGAGCGUUCCGAGAGCUGCUCACCGCCGGCCAAGGCGCGCUCUAAGCGCAGCUCGGCUGCCUCCUCCUGUGGCAGCAACAAUUCAGCUGGCGCUGCCGCCGCCGCCGCCGCAGCAGCUGCUGUCAUCUCGCCACGUAGGGAGCGCGGCAUGUCCAAGAUUCCGGCACCAGUGCGUCACCAUACGGAGCUUUAUUAACGGCGCGCCAAGGCGGCAGCCAAGAACAGCCCGAUCACAGUGAAGCACGGGCGCUCUAGACCUUAAUUAAGCUAAUGGAAUUGUCCGUCUAUAUAUGUGUGUGUGUGUGGCUUGUUAGAUUGUAGCGAACGCAGCCGUUCCAAUAGACCUCAAUGCACACAUGCGCGAUACGUAUGCUGGCAAAGAACAUACUCGUCUCUCUAUAUACACAAGAAUACAGGAAUAGGAAGUGAAGUGAAAUGCAAAUGCAAAUGCAAAUGAAAAUGAAAACAAACUGCAACUGCCUCAUUAGAUCCCCAGGAACUCGGCUAAUCCAUGCACCAGUGCCAGCAGCAGUCAUAUCACAGAGAAGUCCUUAAGCUGUUUCUUCAUCUCCAGCAACUCUUUGCUACUCUGCACUCUUACCCUAACUCUCAACAUGUCAAGUGACUCGUUGUAAUCACUCGCUGCUUCGCAACUCUAAAAGUAACGAGUAGACGCUGCGCCUAAGAGCUGUAUAGCAGCACGAUAGAUCCGAACUCAAUGCUUCCACUCGCCACUCGUUGCAUUUCUAUCUAGCGAGUGACGACUCGUCGACUGCAUCACACUCAUUCUACUCAUCUGUCCAGCAAGUCAUCUGCUCGCUACUCGCUACUCGCUACUCUCUACUCGCUACUCGCUACUCGCCACUCGUUGCAUUUCUAUCAAGCGAGUAACGAGUAGAACUCAACUCUCGUGCCGAAGUUACUUAUGCCUGUGGCUCCAGCGCUCGCCCAACGAGUAGCACUCGCCACUCGCUACUCGCUAGUUUCAUAUUCAGUAAUUGCUUGUGGACUGCGUGCCGUACGAUGCGUCGAGAACCGAACAUUUACAAUCCAAAAUUGAGACUUUCAAACUACAAUUUUAACGUUUCCUCUUCUAUAUACGGAUAUACAUAUAUACGGUUUUUUUCGAAUAGAUCAUAAAGCUAAGAUAGUUUUUUUUUAUUGGCAUAAAAAUCUUAAGGAACUCUGAUGCAUUGCUCUCGUGAUAGAUAAAAAAAUACAAAAAAAAGCCACAUAGAAAGCGCAUAAUUUUCUAGAAGUUUUACGAUUAGUGUACGCACACACUCACACACACGCACGCACACACACAACAUGUUAAAGGAAAGAGAGAGAAAACAAUUUGUAUAUAGAAAAAAAAUGAAGAGAAAAUGAAGAACUUUUGCCUAGUUAAUUGGGUUUAUGUAAUAAAAGGUAACUAAUUAGGACUCAUUGUAGCAAGUGUGUAUGUGUGUGUGUAUGUGUGUGCGUGCUUAAUUAUUUCCAGCAUAGCCUUAAAAAGAAAAGAAAGAGGAAAAUUUAUUUUUAUACGCAAGCCAUCAAUGUGAAAAAGAAGGAAAAUUUAAGGAAAUUUUAAACAAACAAAAUAUACGAUUUUACACGACGAAGCGAGAUAACGUAAAGGUAUACACGAAUGACGAAAAUAACAGACAUAACAACAAAAUAAUAACAACAAUAAUAAUAGAGAAAAGUACAGUUGAGCAUUAGCUAGAAUUGUUAGAAGAGCAGUCGAAGAACCUAAUGAAUUUUGGUGCUUUACAUAGGUCAGGCAGACACCGAAGCUAAUUUCCAUAUUAUGCCCCAAAACAGAAUUAUAUAUAUAUUUACAAAUAUAUAUAUAUAUAUUUAAAGGUCACAAAAUGUUUUCGAAUUUUAAGUAUAAUGCUUCUUAUACUAUAUAAUCCACAUAUAUCUAAACCAUAUAACGAAACCCAUAACCGAACUAUGCAA